AUGACUCCCUUCAGCCACAUGAUACCCGCUAAGGCCACUUUCCUAGUCGUCGUCAUCACCUCUGCGGUGCUCCUUUCCGCCCCUGUGCGCGCCUCUGCCGCCAGGACCUUGGCGGCCACAGCGAGGCAGAGCAAGAGCGCGGGGCUAGGAAAGAACUCCACAUGCGCCUACUACGGCAACUACACCGCCAACCCAUACUUUGGCAAGGGACUCACCGUGAAGCUUCCUCCCGCCAUCUUCGGCCAGCGCUGCGGCGCGUGCUACAAGGUGAUUUGCGCCAACAACACCAAGCACUGCCGCAGCGGCAAGGCGACCGUGACAGUCCGCGUCAUUGGCGCGACAACUACGGAGAAGGAGAUUUCACUCUCCCCCGUGUCGUGGUCCAAGAUUGUGCAGGGAUCCGACGCCACCCCCGUCGGCAUCACGUACAAGCGCACCAACUGCCAGUCGACCCUCGGAUCCGCGGUGCGCGUGCGCAGCAACUCGACGGCGGAGAAUUUCAACAUUCAGAUGGUGGGUCUCGCCGGCCCAGGUACGCUCAAGGCUGUCGAAAUCAGCGCGGGCGGCAAGAAGUGGGCGAAGCUGACCCGCGACGGCAGCAAGGCGAUCUGGGGGAUCAAGGGCAAGGAGGCGAGGGCGGUUGUGGGCGCGAAGAAGGUGGUGAGCGUUCGCCUCACUGCGGGACACACCCUGGAGAAGAUCACUCUCGACAAGGUCCUUCCCGCCGACUGGAAGCCGUAG